AUAUAUUUUUAUUUCUUUAUUUUUGUGUUUUAAUAAAGCCUUUUGAUAGUUAUAAGCAAAUAAAAUAUGAAAACAUGUAAAUCUUUCAAAUAAACAGAAAUAUUAUUAUUUAAAGUCUAAAUAUAUCUAAGAGACAAAAAAGUGUAGCAUCCGUAAUCUGUAGAAAAAACUAAAUUACAUGUUAACUGAGAAAUAUUUUUAAUUUUUAUUGUUCUAGAUUUAACAAAUACCCCGCCCUCAAGAAAAUAGCAUAUUUAAAUAUUCUGUGUUUUUUCCUUUUCAGAGUCCUGAGCUGAUCUAGGUUGUGUAGCAUCCGUAAUAGACAAUGUAGCAUCCGUAAUGUCCUUUAUUCCCAGUUAAAGAGAAAUAAACACAACCCUUCAGUAUUAUGAAACAUGUCAUAUUGCAACAUUGAUUGAUACAGACUAGAAUUACUUGAUAUCCUUAGGAACAGAAGGGGUAUUUAAUUAUGAGAGUUGACAAAGAACCAAAACCAUAUUUUUCUUUUUUAAACUUCUCAUAUCAAACUAUGGAAAGGAUGAACAUUUUUAUUUCAGGAAUCAUUCAUUCAAUUAAAAUUAAACUGGCACAAUAAAAAAAUUGGACACUAUUUCUUUAAUAACAUCAAACACACUAUAUUACGGAUGCUACAUAUUUUGUUUAUAUUACAUAAUGUAAAAGAACAAAGUCUGACUUCAGAAGUGAACUUAUGAAACCAAUAGAUCAAGACUAAGAGCAACAUAGGACAAAAUGGGACUUUCAGCAGAGAAAAACAGAGAAAAUGUGAGAAAAUAUCGAGAGAAAUUAAAACAAGACAAAUCUAAAUAUGAAAAGGUAAAAGAAGUUGAUCGUAAAAGAAAUCAAAAAGCAAGAAAAGAGCUGAAAAAAAGAUGUAUGAAAAAUCAGCCUUUACACGAAGCAAUGAAGGAGAAACAAAGAGAACGAAUGCGUGCUUAUAGAAAAAAAAGAAGAAAAAUGUGGAAAGAGAUUCAGAAAAAGACAAAAGGAUUUCUGCAGGUAAAAAGAUAAUGGCAGAGAAGAAAAGAAAAGAACAAAAAGCUAAAAACAGAAAGCAGAGACUGCAAGACAGACUGAAAAAAAGGCGGAAGUAUCUAGGGUACAAUGUUGGAGGAUGCGUAUAAAAUUAGAGCAAAAAAACCAAGAAAACCCAUUUGGAACUGAAAAAAAUGAGAGAAGGUUCAAGAAAAAAGCAAGAGAAAGUCUACCAAAAACUCCAAUAAAAAGAGCAAGGAUAGUGGACUAUCUAGCAUCAUCGCCUACAUGUUCUAAAUAUCUGAGAAAUAGAACAAGCAAAUAAGAUGAUAUAAGCAAGAAUAUAUUAGAGUCAAUGGGAAGCACAUUGAAAGAAACUCAGGGUAGGGGAGCUCCCACAAGAAAUACCAUAAAACAUGCUCACCAGAUCAUCAAGCAUGUUGCCCUUAAGGCCAUUACAAAGAAAUAUGGUCUGAAGAAAAGACUGGGCCAAUACCUUGGAAUAAAAACCUUGAAAUCAACAGACAGGAAGACAGAAUGGUGGAAAGUAGAAAGAACCAAGAAAAAGAAACAACAAAUAGCUGAUAUUGUCAAAAAUGACAUUCGCAGAUUCUACCUAACACCAGAAAUAAGUAAGCAACUUCCAUCGAAGAAAGAUGUGAUAAAGUCUAAGGAUGGCACUCUACUUCAUAAGCAAACAAUGAACUUUACAAUUAAAGAGGCAUACGAGAAGUAUAUCUCAGAGUCUGAGUAUGAUGUUAGUUUUACUACCUUUUAUCGUCUGAAACCUGUUCAAGUUAAAAAAUUAUCAGAAACCUCAAGAAAGUCCUGCGGCUGCAAAGCAUGCUUCAAUGUUGCCUUAAAAGCAGAAGCAAUCCAAAAGUUGGUAGCCUCAUCAAAUGAUGUCCAGGUCAAAGAACAAAAGAAACAGCUCACCAAAUCAAAAUCAGAACUUGCUAACUUAGUCCUGUGCCAGUACCAAAACUUACCAGAUCCAAAAUGCCUUGAAAAAAGUUGUACCAGUUGUGGGGUUCAAAAUCUUAAGAAUCACUAUAAAGACCUCCUAAAGCAUGGCGAUGAGGAAGUAACAUGGAGAUGCUGGGAGUACAUAAAGAUUAAGGAUAAGAAAGGUGGGGAAAAGAGAAUCGUUUCAUGCCAGAAAAAAACAACAAGUAUUGGAAAUUUUUUGAUGAACUCUCUAAAGACCUUGAGACCCUGCCCCAACACCUGUUUAGAGCAUCAUGGCAAUACAAACAGCAGGCUCAAUGCCUAGAAUCCUUACAAGAGAAAGAACUCAUGCAAAUCAUGGACUUUUCUGAGAACUAUAAUUGCUUAUACCAAGAUGCCAUACAAAUUGCAUAUUUUGAACCAGUACAGGUAACAAUACAUCCCAUAGUUAACUACUAUCACAAGGAUGGACAUCUUGUGAAGCAUGCUCUUGUAGGAAUAUCUGAUGAUAUGAUUCAUGAUUCGUUUGCUGUUAAGCAGUUUGAAG